AUGCAUGGAAGAACCAACGAUGUUGCCUCCAAAAGCUACUUGCUUUCUUUAACUUUCAACAUAACCAAUGUUAGUUUGCUUAUGCGUUCGAGAAGCGAAGCCUGUCAAGACAAAUGUUUGCCUGCAGUUAUCAGAGUCAUUCGUACUGUUCAUAAAUAUGUCAAAGUUAACGGAAGUAUCUUGAAAGCAUCUGUGGUUAAAAUGAUUCCAAAUUACGGUAGAUGUUUGUCUUUAACUGUAGAUGAUGCACCAAGAGAAGUCAUUCAUUAA